AUGCCCGCCGAAUCUAGCGCAGUUGGGCCAAGGGGUCGGCUCCUUGCCGACCACCAGUUCACACCAUCGCCCACAAAUACGUCAUUUCGUGACUUGCUCAUAUUUGAAGAGCGUCUUAAGCAGAAUGCUGAGCGCAUGAAGAAGCGCAAGCACAAAUACCAAAUGGAUUUUAUGCAGACUCGAUUCGUGCUGCAAACAAGUGCGUAUACAUGCGCAAAUGGAGUGAAGGUGGCUGACCACGUCAGAUUUGUGCCUCAAGCGAAUCGAUCGCUACGGACAUUCAACAUGCAUCUAAAUAUGCCGCACACAUCCAAUGCUUUUUCCUGGAUUCCUGUUUGGCGCAAGUCCUACUUUGCACAAAGAGAGUCCCAUGCCAAUACAGAAGAGCAGCGAAUGCCCCGCUCAUCAACGCGCAUGUUCUCACGCCGGCCUUUUGCCCCCCAAAUUCCUCCCUGUCAGAAUCAACGGGGAGAAAUUAUUUUCUCUUCGCGUGUUGACCCUGACUUCCGUGAAGGUUAUGAGCGAUAUCGCAAUGCGUUCGAGCGCAAGCGUCGCGAAAAAAUGGAAGCGCAGCAACGAAGCCAGCCGGGCCUGUGGCCGUUUUGGCGUUCUUCUUCCUCUUCCAAGGCAUCCUAG